AUGGCCCACUACGCGAACCUCGGCGCGCAGAUCAUCCCGCUCUUCCCGCCGCCGUCGCCCGCGGGCCGCGUGCUCGACGCCGGCACGCUCGAGUCCAUCUCGAAGCUGACGGCGGAGAUGGGCGACGCGCAGCACCUCUUCGACGGCGAGGACGCGUGCGCCCUCGCCUACGUGGCCAAGGUCGCGGCGGGCCACACGACGCUGCCCGAGGCGAGGCAGUACUGGGCGCGGCCGAGCCCGUUCCUCCGCGCGAGCCCGCCGCCGCUCGACGUCGCGAUGGACCGGACGUUGCUGAUCUUGUACCUGAAGCGGCGCUUCGGCUACGGCAGCUUCCUCGAGAUCGGCUGCCGGUCCGAGGCCAACUUCUCGCGCGUGCCCUUCGUCGACAAGGUCGGCGUCGACCCCGUCGCCGGCGGCAACGUCCGCGCGACGUCCGACGAGUUCUUCGCGACCUGCGGCCGGACCUUCGACCUCAUCUUCGUCGACGGGCUCCACGAGUCGGCGCAGGUCGUGCGCGACGCGGCGAACGCGCUCCGGAUCCUCAACCCGGGAGGGACGCUGCUCUUCCACGACUGCAAGCCCCUCCUCCCGCCCGAGGGCGCCUUCCCGAUGGCGCCGGGCACGGUCUACUGGAACGGCACGGUCUGGCAGGCCAUCGCCCACCUGCGCACGGCGCCGGACAUCGACGUCGUCACGGCGGACUUCGACUGGGGCGUCGGCAUCGUCCGCCGCGCGCCGAACUCGAGCCCCAUCGCGCUCCGCGUGCCCUUCGGCCAGCUCACCUGGAGCGACUACGAAGCCAACUGGCGCGCCUACCUCCGGCCCUCGACCAUGGUCGAGGUCGACGCCUUCCUCACGGCCACGGCGCCGCGGCGGCGGUAA